AUGAGCGCUUCACCGGCUGCAAAUGCGACGGUUGACGAUGAUGUGGACAGGAAUGUCGAAAUAUGGAAAAUCAAGCGCCUCAUCAAAAGUUUGGAGCUCGCAAGAGGGUGAGCAUGAAUAAUUAGGUGAUGAAAUGACGCAAAAGGUGUUUAGAAACGGAACCUCCAUGAUUUCCUUGAUUAUUCCACCAAAAGAGCAGCUUUCUCGGGUCCAAAACAUGCUGACUGUCGAGUUCGGAACCGCGUCGAAUAUUAAAUCCCGAGUUAACAGACUUUCUGUUCUUGGAGCCAUCACUUCUGUACAAGCACGUCUGAAGCUCUACACAAAAGGUUGAGCAUCACAAAAGAAGCAUAUUGGAAAAUACAAAGCCGACCAUAAAUCAUUGGCAGCGAGUAGUUCUUUCUGUGAGAGUCGUUCUGAGUGAAAUAAUAUUUGAAUUCUUAUCUCAUUUUUGAAUUGACCUAGAAGGAAAAAGGUACAUAGUGGGCUCAAAAAAAUAAUGAUUUUUUUGCGGUUCUUUAAAAUAUUGUGUCAGAUAAGGUAGAGAAUCAGAAAUUAGGGAAUAAUCGUUUAUUCAUUUUUCGAUGAACUCUUUUUUCUUUUUUUUUCAUAAUGAUGAUGAUAUGGUUGAUCAAGCUUCUAUGGAGUAGAUGAAAUUUCGAAUAAUUUUUUUCUAGUUCCACCCAACGGACUAGUCGUGUACUGCGGAACCAUCACGACGGAUGAUGGAAAAGACAAAAGAGUUAAUAUCGACUUCGAGCCGAUCAAGCCUAUCAAAAGUUUCUCGUACAUUUGCGACAACAAGUUCGAUACCAAGGCUUUACAAGGUUUUUUUCUGAGCCUCGACGAUUCUUUCUCAGCUUUAUUGUUAAAGAUAUGCUGGCCGACGAUCACAUCUUCGGAUUCAUCAUCAUGGACGGUAACGGCUGCUUGUUCGGUACCCUUCAAGGAAAUGCUCGAGAAGUUCUUCAUAAGUUUACUGUCGACUUGCCAAAGAAGCACGGUUACAUGAAAUGUGUUCUUAAUCAGCUUAUUGAAUUGUUUUAGGUCGUGGUGGACAGUCUGCAGUUCGUUUUGCUCGUCUUCGUAAUGAAAAGCGGCACAAUUAUGUGCGCAAAGUCGCCGAAUGUGCUGUCGAAAUGUUUAUCAAGCAGGACAAGGUUAUAUAUCUGUUAGUGAACUUGGAAAACGUCCUAUGGCUCAGGUCGCCGUCACAGGAAUCGUCUUGGCCGGUAGCGCAGACUUCAAAACUGUACUCGGCCAAUCCGACAUGUUCGAUCAGGUAUUAUCGAUUUGUUAAUGUGUUGCGAAAAAAAGGGCGAAGAGGUUUCGUGCAGAACUGUGUCGUUUGAUUUCCACUGUUUUCGGUACGUGAAACGGCGCGUAGAAGCCUUACUUUUGAAACUAGUAGACGAUUUUUGAACAUUCUGACGAUCAGCUGCUUCUCUAUCUAGGAACUGUACGGCGUAAAUUUUGAAUUAUUCCAAUUUGAAAAAUUUUUUAAUGGUUUUGUGUAGUAUAGCCGAUUCACGGCUAACUUGGGACGCUAGGAGGCGUGGCUUGUCUGCGCUCUCCACCAACCAGGCACUGUCUCUUCUCUUUUCGUGGCAGGACCCUUUUGUCAAUGGUUCAAGCCAGCCGUGAAUAAGCUAUAUCAUAAACAAGAAAAACGAAACGAAGGUGAAAAAUUUAGUUUCGUCCAUCUCUCAUGUUUUUCAGCGUCUCCAAGCAAAAAUAAUCAAAAUUGUGGACAUCGCCUACGGUGGCGAGAACGGUUUCAAUCAAGCUAUCGAAUUGGCCGCCGACACUUUAUCCAAAGUGAACUUCAUUCAGGAAAAGAAAAUGAUUGGAGCGUACUUUGACGAAAUUUGCCAGGUUCGUUAGACCUGGAAGAAACAUGAUUGGAUAAACUUAUUUAGGACACUGGAAAGUAUGUUUUCGGCGUGAAAGACACCUUUUCGACGUUGGAAAUGGGCGCCGUCGAAUCUUUGAUUUGCUGGGAAAAUUUGGAUAUAACUCGGUACAAGUUGAAGAACGCCAAUGGAGGUGGGAGUUUUUAAAGUAUGGAAGAUUUCAAAAAAUUGUUUCCAGCUGAAAUAGUAGUGAAUCUCCGGCCGAACGAGGAAGAAAGACAAAUCGCAUUUCGUGGACCAAGAAAGUGGCCAAGACUUGGAAAUAAUCGAAACGAUGCCUCUUUUGGAAUGGUUCGCCAAUAACUACAAGGUUAAGAUAGUUGUGAAAAGCGAAGAAAUUGAAGUUCUUGCAGACUUUCGGAGCAGCUCUCGAAAUCGUCACUGACAAAUCACAAGAAGGAGCGCAGUUCGUUCGAGGCUUCGGAGGAAUCGGAGGUCAUUUUCGUUUCUUUUAUUGUUUUAUUUCUGCUUUUCAGGUCUUCUACGCUAUCGUGUAGACCUUCAGCUCCAGGAUUUGGCUGAUGAACUCGACGACAUUGACUUCAACGAUUAUUGA